GAGUUCCUGGAUGGUAGCGGCCGGCUGAUCCAACCUCCAUCCUGGAUUCCACACACACCAAAACAAGGGAGGCUGGCAGUAGCACAGGACUGGCCGAUGGAGGAAGCUGACGACUGACAAGCAUGUGGGAAGACAAUGUAUAAAGCUCCUAAAUUUCAGCACUGAUGCUCAGCUACUACAUUGGACUUGUUCCUGUUGUGAGCAGAAGACUGCAAGCUCAUUCCUGCACCUGGACAUUAAAAAAGUGAAUAUUUUUUUGCAGGAAGACAUGAAGUGCUGCCUAAUUGUCGCCGCUCUCCUCAUUAACGUGCACUUGGGCGCAGCCCGCAGAGCGCAAUAUGCAGUGGAUUGCCCUGACCGCUGCGACAGCCACGACUGCAGAAGCACCACGCGUUGCAAGCGGACUCUCCUGGACGACUGUGGGUGCUGCAGAGUCUGCGCAGCUGCCGCCGGGGAGACUUGUUAUCGCACAGUCUCUGGGAUGGAUGGUGUUAAAUGUGGACCUGGACUGAGGUGCCAGUUCUUUACAGAAGAGGACGACUUUGGAGAUGAGUUUGGUAUCUGCAGAGAUUGUCCCUAUGGAACUUAUGGUAUCGAGUGCAGGCGAACCUGUAACUGUCAGUCUGGAAUAUGUGACCGGGUGACUGGAAAAUGCUUGAAAUUCCCAUUUUUCCAGUUAACUGGAGGCAAAACAGCAAACAAGCGGAGGGUUGCAUCCAGUUCUGAUCCAGACAUGCCAUCAGGAGAUGGACACAAUGACAGAGAAGAAAACGUAAAAGAAAAAAAUGGUCACUCCUCUGGAAUAAAAUGGUUACAUCCCCGCUGACACUAUAAUUAAAUAAAACAGUGGACUUUAAAGAGAAAUCUAAUGUCAUUAGUUGCUACGCCGUGCGGCUGACAGUCGCGGAACUGCGGAGUUUCUAUGAGAAUCUCAACUUCCUGCAUCACUUUAUACAUUUACCAGUGAAAUGUUCACGUUCUGCAAAGCGAAUUCUAUUUGGUUGAAACUUUUUUUUUAAAAAAAAUGUAUAAUAAUAUAAAAUUUAUUUUGAACAAUUUUAAACUGAAUGGCAAUCGUUUGUAUUUAAAAAUGACCUAAUAAAGGAUUUAUGUGGUUUUUUUUUUCA